AUGUUAAGAGAAUUACGAUUUGAAUUAAAAAAUAUAAAUAAUAUUGAAGAAACUAGUAUUGGAGACAUAACACCACAAAGUUUAUUACGAGCAUUAGAAGAUAAUUUUAAUGGAAUUCGAAUGGAAGAAUUUGAUAAAUUAGUUAAUAUUUUUGCUAUAGCUCUUGAAGAACAAUGUCCUGAUUUUCGAAUAUUAAUUACUGAAAAACAACAAAUUCAACGUAAUAUUCCAACAAUAUUACAUAAUUCAAUGAAAUUAGAUUCAAUACAUCGUCGACUCUAUGGUAGAUAUAAAUUAAUAAUUGAUGAAUAUGAAGAUGAAAGUGCUGUUCGUCUUCUAUUUCAAUAUGGUAUUCUUGAUUCUGAUCCAAAUCGAACAACUAUUUUUCGUAUGCCUGAUUUUCCUGAUGAUAUUGAUAAUGAAUUACGAAAUGUUGAAAUUUUAUCAAAUAUUAAAUUAUGUAUGGAAACAGGUAAAACUAUAUUAAUGAUUAAUACAGGUCGUAUUCAUGGUUCACUUUAUGAUGUUUUCAAUCAAAAUUUUUCUAUUAUGUCUACAGAAGAAAAUCGAAAAAUUUUUUCUAAAGUUGCUAUUGGUCCAAAAACAAUUGAUGUUAUUGUACAUGAAAAUUUUCAAUGUAUUGUUCAUAUUAAACGAAGUGAAUUUAAAGAUAUUCCACCACCAUUUUUAAGUCGUUUUCAAAAAUAUUCUUUAAGUAUAGCUGAUUUUUAUUCAAUUCAAUUACGAGAAAUUUCUAUUGAAGAACAAAAUCUUAUGAAAAAUAUUGAAAUAAAAAUUCGAUCAUUUAUUAAUCAUUUUGGAAAAGAAUAUAUUUAUGGUUAUAAUGAUGAAACAUUAUAUUCAUGUCUUUUAUUAUUUAUUAAAAGAAAUAAUCAAAAUGAAUAUUAUCUAUCAAAUAUUCAUGAAAAUUAUACACAAUUAACUAUUCAAUCAAAAUUAUUUAUUGAACAAAAUUUAGAUAAUAAACAACAAUCUAUUCUUUUUUUUAUUCUUUCAAAAUUUUUGCAAUUAAUUUCACCUGAAUCAAUAAUCUUUAAAUUACCAACAUUCGAUGAAAAUACAGCUCGAUUAUUAUGUCAAAAUUAUUUUUAUCAACAAGAACAUUUUAAUAUUGAAAAUUUUCUUUAUCGAUUUAUUUCUAAUUCAUCAUUAACUGUAGAUGAUAGAGAAUUAUUAACUAUGAAUGAUACUUUCUAUCAGAAAAUUAAUAAUAUUAUCAUGACAAGAAAAUUAAUGAUAUUUACACGUACAUCAUCAUUUGUUAUGAGUUUAAAUAAACAAUCAAAAAAUGAUUUAUUUCGUCAAAAUGAUGAGAAUGAUAUGAUGAUGAACAUUAGUGAAAAAAUCGAUAUUAUAAAUUUCGCAAUCAUUGAAAAUUCAAGUGAAUUACUUGAACAAUUUCAAAGUUUUGAACAAUCAAAUCAAAAAUCUAUUCUUAUCAUUGUUAUUGAUGGUCGUAUUGGACAACAACGUAUACAUAUUCCAUUUGUUCGACAAUUAAUUGAUAAAACCGAUCUAUCUUGUAAUAAAUCUAUUGAAAAUCCAUCAAAAUUUUUUAUUAUUUUAAUACAUUCAUUUGGACAAGAACUUAAUUAUAAAUUAUGUUUUCCUUCAAUAUUUCUACAUGAUUGGGAUUAUUGGUUUGUCGAUACAUCAACAUCAGGUAGUGCAUUUCAUUUACAAAAAAAGUUACAAAUUUUUACUUCAAAAAUUGAAAAAUCUCAUCAAAAAGAAUCAAUAAAUGAUUAUCUUUAUGAUUUAAAUAUACUUUUUGAUGAUUGUCU